GGUGCUCAUUCGUCCUCGUUUGUUAUGUCUAUGUUGCAGUUGAGUAGCGGCCAUGGCCCUUCGGAGUUUCACAUGCGAGGGAAACGCAACAUGCGGGCGGAGCUGGCCGCAUGGCAGCAGGCGAAAGCCUUGCGCGAGCCAAAGACGGCGGUCGACAAGGCCCACGAUGAAAAUGUGCCGGAGGAAGUGCCCAAGGCCAAUGCGAAGGUGAACUUUGCACAGCAGCAGCGUAGCCCUGGUCCGCCUGCAGAGCAUUGUCGUGGAACUGUUCCCAGCUCCCCUUUGCGGGAGGUGACGCCAGGGCCAGGUGCAGUGGCCCGUGCGUCGCCCAAAUCCCCUCGGGAGGUUUCCCGCCCAUGGUAUGCAGGCGAAAACACUGAGAUUGACAUACCAGACUUGAAGGAAAGCAUGGUGGAAGACUGCUUACAGGCCUUCGAAGAGUAUGCCGCGUACCGAGUUCCCCCGAACUCACCGGAUCAUCGGAGUCCAGCCACGGCAGCGGCCUGGAGCGUCAUGGCGCCAGAAGUGGAGGCUCAAGCCGCGGCGCUGCCAAAACUGUUGCUGGAAGCGGCGAUUGAAGAAGUUGCUGGAGUGCCAGUGGAAAAGCUACUGGAGAGGUGCAGCUUAAACAUGAGCACCAGCUGCUGGAUCAUGGAACAACAGACGUGUCAAAGCGUGUUGGUGUUGAAGCGUGUCGUUGCUACGCGGAGAAUGUGGCUGCAGCUAGAAACUUUCCAACGAUGA